GUGCAGAAGUCCCGUUCUUACCAAGGAGGGAGCAGGGAGGAGGAGAAGCCGUGCGGAUGCGGCGCGGAGGCGGUGAGCCUCGGGGCUGAUCCUGCACCCCGUGCUUGGUGCGCGUCCCCGUCGGAGCACUGCCAGCAGCCGGGAUGAGGCCGGAGGCCUCGCCAUGCCCUCGUGUGUCCCCGGCAGCUCACCCGUGGCCCCCCGGCCCCCGCACCGCAACGGAGGGCACAGCCAAGCACCCGGGCUGCCGCUGAGCGCCUGCCGCCGUGCCAUGGAGUCGCUCAUCGUGGUGACCGAGUGCGAGGCGACGGGGAUGGCGAGCGAGGAGGAGAUGAGCACGGCCGCCGGGGAGGAUGGCCGGGAGCCGAGGGCGAAGCUGAACCUCUCCGGCCGAAAGCUGUCCCUGCAGGAGCGCUCGCACACCGCGCACUCGCCCAGCAGCAGCGACGGUGCCAGCGAGCGCUUUAUCUACCCGUCCCUGCCCUACUCGCCGGUGACGUCCCCGCACUCGUCCCCGCGCCUGCCGCGGAGGCCGACGGUGGAGUCCAACCGAGUCUCCAUCACGGGACUGCAGGACUGCGUCCAGCUCAACCAGUACAAGCUGAAGGAUGAGAUCGGGAAGGGCUCCUACGGCGUGGUGAAGCUGGCCUACAACGAGGACGAUAACACCUACUAUGCAAUGAAGGUUCUCUCCAAAAAGAAGCUGAUGAGGCAGGCGGGCUUCCCCCGCCGCCCGCCGCCCCGCGGGGCCAAAGGCGCCUCGGAGGGCUGCGUGCAGCCCAAGGGGCCCAUCGAGCAGGUCUACCAGGAAAUCGCCAUCCUGAAGAAGCUGGACCACCCCAACGUGGUGAAGCUGGUGGAGGUGCUGGAUGACCCCAGCGAGGACCACCUGUACAUGGUGUUUGAACUGGUGAAGCAAGGCCCCGUGAUGGAAAUCCCCACCCUGAAACCUCUCAGCGAGGACCAGGCUCGGUUCUACUUCCAGGACCUGAUCAAGGGCAUUGAAUACUUGCACUAUCAGAAGAUAAUCCACCGGGACAUCAAACCUUCCAACCUCCUCGUGGGGGAGGACGGGCAUGUCAAGAUCGCCGACUUCGGCGUCAGCAACGAGUUCAAGGGAGCCGACGCUCUCCUAACCAACACGGUGGGCACCCCCGCCUUCAUGGCCCCAGAGACGCUCUCAGAAACCAGGAAAAUCUUCUCUGGGAAGGCUUUGGACGUGUGGGCCAUGGGAAUCACGCUGUACUGCUUUGUGUUUGGGCAGUGUCCUUUUAUGGAUGAAAGGAUCCUGAGUUUACACAAUAAAAUCAAGACCCAAACGCUGGAGUUCCCAGACCAGCCAGAAGUUACGGAUUUCUUGAAGGAUCUGAUUACGCGUAUGCUGGAUAAAAAUCCCGAAUCGAGGAUUUCGGUCCCCGAAAUUAAGGCAAGUACCUUGCAACAGCCUUUGGCAGGAGAUUUCUGGUCCUUCGCCCCUGCGGGAACCUGGAAGGGGCGAGAAGCUGAGAAAAUGGAGACGAAGUUGCACCCUUGGGUCACCAAGAACGGAGCGGAGCUGCUGCCCACCGAGGACGAGAACUGCACCCUGGUGGAGGUGACGGAGGAGGAGGUGGAGAAUUCGGUCAAGCACAUCCCCAGCCUGGCCACCGUGAUCUUGGUUAAAACGAUGAUCCGGAAGCGAUCCUUCGGGAACCCGUUCGAGGGCAGCCGGCGGGAGGAGCGCUCGUUGUCCGCCCCUGGGAACCUGCUGCCCAGGAAGCAAGGCAGCGAAGAUAACCUGAAAUGCAACGACUUGCCCGACGUGGGAGAGGAGGAAGUCCUUUCGUGAACGGCCGCUUUACGGUUCUGUUGAGCAACUCGGUCCGGGGCAUGUUCUAAAGCGUGCGGCUGAGGAUGAGCGACAUUAACAGAGCCCGCACCAAACGCAGCAUGACGCGGCGCUAUUUCAGUGUAACGCUGGGUGUAGAGCUUACAUAGCAGCAUGUUGUAAGACAUCCAACUACCGUAUCCGUCAUAACCAUUGAACAUCUCUGAUUGCUUGGACCGCAGACUUCUCGUGGGGGAAAAAAAAAGAAGGUGCUGGCAGAUCCCGGAGAGGUGAGCGAUGCGCUGUUGCUGCUCAACACCAUUGCAAAAAAGAAAAAAGGAAAAAAAAAAGCAGUCAAACAAACAAAAAAGAAAGAGUUUGGAACUGCUUUUACUUGGUUUUUCAUGCCAAAAAACUUCGGGCACUAUCGCCAACGUCCCAGGGGUGUUGUAUGCCCAUCUCGUGUGCACGUGCAGAAGUGUGAAGCUUUUGCAGAGCGGCAUGCGCGGCAGCCAAACUACACUCACGCACUUCGAGGGUUCACGACCUGCCAGAAACAUUGCAUCUAUUUCUCGUCGUUCUGUUUGGGUUUUAAUUGACACCUUUUUAACUGCAUGGGAACAAAGCAAAACCCACCUUUUCAGCUUUUUUUUUUUUUUUAAGAAUGCCUACCUUUGUGAGCCGAGUUGUAUUAAACAGCAUCUUCAGGACGUUCAGAAAGUGAGGCUAAUUGCAGCGUUCGAGGACGCUGCCUCUCCUGAGGUCUUGGUGUUGGUGGGACUGCCAAUGGGUAAGUUCAAGAGUCAGUGUUUGAAAGGAAAAGGUACUUAAGGGCUUAAGUUCAGUCUGAACUAUUUUUGCUGCAGACAUCAGAGUGAAAGGUGGUGUUUAGCUGAAUGUUUUGAACAGCAGAGGAAGCACUAACAAAAGUUUGUUUCUAAAUCUUUUACUUGAUCUAGAUAGCUAUACUAGUAAAUAUAAAAUUCAGGGUAAAAUCCUUCACUUCCAUGUACAUUACAUGGUUUACUACAAUUAAAAAUAAUACAACUUAUGCUAUUUUUUAAGUAUAGACUUAGGGCUUGCUUAGACUUUAAGAUCUUAAUGAAAUACUUAGAUUAGCUAGUAAUUUUCAAAGAAACCUUUUGUUUUCCAAACUCUUCAUUUGGAUUUUGGGGCCAAUGCUGUGUACUUUUUGCAAGUUCGUUACCAGUAAUUUGUGAAUGCCUGUGGAUCAGAGGCUCGUUAGUAAAUUGUGUACCUAAUUCAUGGAUUGUUUCUUAUGAAGAGCUCCUUCACCCGCAGUCAGAUUUCUCUGAUCAUUUUGUGGUGCUUGUUGAGGAAAAAAAAAAAAAUCGUGUAGUGGGAGAGACUGUGGCUUCUGGACUCACGUUCCCAAGGUCUCUGUGCUCGGACAAAGCUGGAGAGCGGCAGCGUGUAGGUGAGCUGGCGGAGAUCAGGGUUUGGCUGAGCGAAGGGGUCCGGGUAAGUACGGCUGUCCUGUGGCUGGAGCGUGGGGCCGGGAGGAGAAGGUGCUUUAGGAAACUGAAGUGUUAGGAGUGGUGGGAUUGCUGCCUGCUGACCCGGCCGCAGCUGCCCUGUUGUAGGCUUCUAGGACGUGGCUGUUCCCUCGUCUUCCGUCACCUCGAGCGCCGCCAGCAGCAGAGCGCUGAGGCUCUUGGCUGCGGUCGGACCUGGCCCAGUAAGUCCUGGCUCUGAUGGGUCCUUGUUGAAGUCGGGUGGCGUUAGUGAGCGCACAGGUGCCUGCACAAACUGCCCCGCACGUCUUUUGAUCACCUGAAGCGAUGCUCCCCUUAGGUUGCAAUUCAUUGCUGAAAGAUCGUGCUGCUGGCCUCUCUCUGAAAGCAGUGCCUCUGGUUUGUGAUUUGGGAGCAGUACGGUGGCUUUGGGAGCCCUAAGAUGCACUGUUUUCCUCCCAUUUUCGUCCAAGGCUAUGCCAAAGCCCUGCAGCUUCGGCUAUGGGAAAACCAAACAGGUAACUUGGGUGCCAGCACUACUCCAGCUGCCUCCUCCCAUCUCUGAACAGGAUUUAUUCAUCGUGGAAACGAUGACCGGGAGUGGGCAGCUUGGUUCUAUAACCUUGUAAAUGGGUUUAUUCUGAGGGGAAAAAAAAAAAGGAAAAAAUAUAUAUAAAAAAAGGGGGGGGGGGAUCUGAUUACUUGUAGCUGGUGCGUAGUGAUGUGUGUGGUGUGUUUUUGUUAGAGGUGAGCGAGCUGUAGCGAUGCUCCACGCUGAGCGUCUCCAGCUGGUGACUUAUUUGGCAGGUGCCUAGCAAGACAGUUUAAAUUUACCAAACAGGAUUGCUGGGUGCAAUGCAGCUUCUGAACAGAACCUCCACCAGUUCCUUGAUGCCCCAUCACUUGCUGGGGCUCAGAUGCUAGCACAGAUCGGUGUCUUACGGACAGUGUGGGUUUGGUUCGUACAGAUCCUAAGGCUCAGCACUUCCCGACGGUGCUCUGCAGAAGGCUUGUCUCUUAGUGCCAGCUCUGGUAAGGCUGCAGCCAAAUGCACGUUUCCAAAAGAAACUCGAUGUAGAUUUUCUCGUUCAUUCGUUCUGUUGAAAGCGUAAAGCUUGGGUGUGUGAGGAAGAUGUAUCUCAAUGCAUGACCUGUUAGAGAAGCUGUACUGUAUGUUUCAAUCUGCCCAGUUCCCUGUCUGCUGUUCCUUAGUAAUAAAGCUCGCUUUUUUCUUACAGUGAAGUCAACAUUUUGCUUGUGCCUUGGAACUGGGCUUACAGCUUGAUUUCCCCAAUUCCCCUCCUUUCAAGCGAGCCCAGCGCUGACUGUGGGGUUAAUGCUGGGUACGAAGCCUCUUGGGCUCUGAAAGCACACGGGAAAUAGCUAUGGGGAAACCAGGCCUCUUGUGCUGAGUGGUUUUCUUGGUGGUCCCCUCUUACCUAUCAGACAACUGAUCUGUUUCUUUUCUAGAGUCCUGAAUAUUGGCAAAUUUUUAUACUGUUUGUUUAACGACCAAGGCUUGUGUUUCAUUCCUACCCCUUUAUUACGCAGUUAACUUUAUCAGGUGUAUCAAGUUUAAAUACUGUGUAUUUACCACUUUUAAAUUAUAUUAUCUAAGAAGAAAACAACGAAGUGUUUUUCCACACAGCUGUUCAAGCUCCUCUGUACAUGUUGAAAUAAAUGACAUGCAACCACA